UGACCGUCGGUAGUCCGAAGAACUUCAUCCAUCCUACGGUACCUUGUCCGAGUGAUGGAAGAAACUGAUACAAGUCAAGAUCUAACCGAUCGAAUUUCAACUUGAAUUGAAUCAAUCCACAUUCUUAGUGGAAAUCUUGAACAUGACGCUUCAUCACUUGCGUCCAUCGUUACUGAGAUUUCGUCAAAGCUAUCUUCUGCUUCGUCGACCAUAUCGUUCCAUUGGCACAUACAACGCAGCGUGGAGAGGAAUAAGAAUUCCGAGACAAGUGGCGCCGUUCUCUUCCAAAGCUGAUUCGAAUGAUGAGAGCAACGAAGUCGAAGGCAAUAGGCGGUCCGCCUCGCUUGCGCUGGCCAGCACUCACGAUAAUUUGUCUCGGCUACUCGAAAUAAGCAGAAGGGAGUGGCCGCUCAUUGGGCUGGCGGCGUCGACAUUAAUGGUGACCUCCUCUGUAACAUUGUUGCUUCCCUAUGCUUCGGGAUCUGUUAUCGACUACACAAUCGCGAGCGGKGGCGAAGAUGGGGCGUCUCCGUUAGUGUUGGCAUCUGGGCUUUUCGGUUUGUCGGCCCUAGCCGGUGGAGGGGUGUACUUGCGAGCUGUGUGGUUGGCAAAGGCGGGAAAUUCUAUAGUUGCAAGGAUCAAACAACGGCUGUAUGCAUCGAUGCUUCGACAGGAAUCAUCUUACUUGGAUCAGCAAACAACAGGAGAUUUGUUGUCUCGAUUGACAUCCGAUGCCCAGCUUUUGCAGGGUGCGCUCACGACGCAAGCAGUGGCAGGGCUACGAGCUACCGUGAUGUCCAUCGGUGCCGGAGGAAUGCUUCUGUACACUUCUCCAUUCCUAGCAAUGGUUUCGUGUGCGACGCUACCGCCGGUGUUCAUACUGACUCGUCAUUUUUCACGACGGCUAAAAAAACGGCAAGAAGAAGUCCAAAAGUUGCUGGGAGAGGCAACAUCAUUGGCCGAACAAGCUCUCAGCAAUCAAACAACUGUCAAGCAAUGCGCGGCAGAAUCCUUCGAGAUUGCUCGCUUUCGGAAUAGUGUCGCCGAUGCGCAUACCAUGGCCGUCUCAACGGCACACGAUCAAGGCCAGUUAGAAAUGAGCGCGCACAUUGCAGCGAACGCAGCAAUCUUGGGAGUCCUUGGGCUGGGUGGGACAAUGGUUCUGGAGGGGAACAUCACAGCCGGUGACCUUACAGGAUUUGUUAUGUACUCAUUGCUUUUAUCAGGAAAUCUCUCUAGCUUGACCAGCAUUUAUGGUGACAUGGUCCGUGCCAUGGCAGCCUCAACGCGUGUCUUCGAGCUGAUUGACCGCCCAUCGAAGAUUUAUUCUUCGAAAGGUAUGGAAGAAGAAAAUGCACUGCUAUCUCUAAAUGAAGAUCCACUUGUUUCGAUUGAAUAUUCCGUGAUCAAGGAUCGCCUUCAAGGCGGGGAUGAUAACGAUACCAACGUUACAGACGUUCGCACGAAGACCGCGGCAUAUGACAGUUUUGAUCCUGCCCUUGGAGGUGCAUCAAUCGAGAUCGAAAAUUUGUGUUUCCAAUAUCCUAGUCGACCCGACGUUCCUGUUCUCAACAAUUUGAGUUUGACCGUUCCUUCUGGAUCCGUGGUGGCCUUGGUUGGUGCAUCCGGCAGUGGAAAAUCGACGAUCGGAAGCCUGUUGACAAGAUUGUACGACACCGACAAAAAUGAAAACAAUGGUAACUCGUUGUCAUCGAUUCGAAUCAAUGGCAGGUCCCUUUGUGACUAUGAUCCACGAGACCUACGACAGAUGAUUAGCGUGGUAGCGCAAGAUCCGGUAUUAUUCGGUGGGACGAUUCGUGAUAAUAUUAGGUAUGGCGUCUGGGACAAGGUUUCGGAAGAAACUAUCCUAGAGGCCGCUCGCCAGGCAUAUGUACUGGACUUUGCAGAAAGCUUUCCUGACGGAUUAGAUACUCUAGUCGGUCCCCGGGGCAUGCAGCUCAGUGGUGGACAACGCCAACGGAUAGCUAUUGCUCGAAUGCUUGCCAACGUGGAUGCUUCGAUUUAUGUCUUAGACGAGGUAAGUGCUGUGUGUGUACGACCGAUGAAAUGUACGAGCUUCAACUUGGUGCAUGGUUUGUAUCCUGUCUGGUUGUUUCAUUCGAAUGCGAGGGGAAGAAUCCAUUGUGUUUCUGUCCGAUUUUUACUAAUUAAAAUAUUUCGAAUAACUUUACUAUGCAAAAGGCGACCAGUGCCCUUGACGCUCGCAGUGAGCAUUUUGUUCAGUCUGCUUUACAAAAAAUAUUUCAAGAUCAUAGCGGCAAAACGAUCAUCUCGAUUGCUCAUCGCUUGAGUACGAUUCGCCAUGCAACCACCAUCGCUGUGCUGCAGAAUGGAUCGAUUGUCCAAACGGGAACCUUCGAAGACCUUAGUACCAAUGAGGGUCCUUUUCGAGAACUGAUGAAAACACAACUCGUCGGUGACAUAAGCGAUAGUACUUAGCGGAGACGCAAAAAAUCAGUGCAUCCCUGGAGUUAGUAAGUAUUGUAAUUUCGAUUUCAUCUUUUGUUGACUACUUUCGUGAUGAGUUUUUUCUUCCCAGCACGGACACUCGAACUCCGCCACCCUGUGCCAGUAUUUUCUUUUCUGAAUCGGAUAGUCUAGCUAGCAAUAACCGAGAAACGUCGAUUCCUUCGACCAUGCCAUCAAGAUUUACUAAUCCCACCUCUUUGGCAACGGACAAGAAGCCAUCCAUCUCUGCGUUGACAUUAAAUCCAUCGUGACCGACGCUGAGGUACAAAAAAUAACAACGGUCGUUUUUUACUCUUGUUCCAGUCACAGGAUCGAUGCUGUCGUUUUCUAUUUUCAAUACGGUUUCAAUAGUUUCGGCGAGUGCUCUCCAUGAACCUGGGUUGUAAGUAAGAUCUGCACCGAUCAUGAAAGACGCACGCUCACUGUAGUCCAUCGCAUCUAAAAAUCCCCAUUGAAGUGGCUGGGCCUGUAUGGUUGGCGAAGGACUUGAUGAGGCACUAAUAUUCGUCGUUGCGCCAUCAUCGGCAUCGGAAUUGUUGUAACAGUUUUUUCGUAUAUUGGCUUCGGCUAGCUGUAAAACCCGAGGGUUUCCAUCGGUAGCCAAUACACUUUUGGCUCCCAAGCGAUGCGCAGCGAUACUGCAGAGUCCGGUUCCGCAGCCCAGUUCAAUCACGUCUUGGUUCCUCCAAAAUAUGCUCUCCCCACCAUUGCCAUCUCCUUGUCGAUGGAGUUCGUCUACCAUGGUGUCCAGAAGCCGGGUCAGAAGUAGACCAGAGUUCCACACCGUCAUGCCGGUGUUGCCACUGCCGCCCGUGUUUUGCUGGACAACGAUCGUACUUUCUGCAUCCGGACUUUGUUUCUUUGACAUACGUUCUCGAUACCUAGGCAACGGCACUGCUCGCUCCGGUAGUCCCAUGCACACCGAGCUAUAUGCUCCCGGAACAGCCAGUUCGCCCAUCAGCGCACCAUUGUCGCAUAUGAUCUCGGAAGUCGUCGUUGCUGUUGUUGUUGCCAAUGCAAUCGAGGAACACGACCAGAAGCCAUCGACAAGAAAAGCUUGUCGAUCGACGAUUCCGUUGUUAUAGGCAUCUGCAACACCGUGUAAUUGCGGCGACAAUCCAUGGCAGACGGUGACGCAAAGCGAGGUUAGUAGUGCAGUCAAUAUCGACAACCGUGCCGAUCUACCCGAUGCUGGACUAGUCUCCACUGGUCUCGUUCGUUUGCUGCAUGCCAUGGCGUCUCUAUUGGCUUCAAAAGAUGUAACCGACGAAAGAAGAAAAGAGGACCAAACUA